UGCUUAUCAUUUUUUUUUAAAUAGGAACAGCUGCCACCGAAGGGCUUCGGUUUGUUGCAGCGGAAGUCACAUUUCGGGUUUAGUUUUUAUUCGGCGACAGAACAGAAGACUGCAGGUCUCGAGCGCCUGCUGUUUUUUUACAACAAUGUUUGCAGGACUAAUAAUCGUGAUCUCUGGCGUCGUGGGAAUGAAUUUUGCCUCUCUUCUAUUUCCUCAACUUGGCCAAAGUAACGACACCAGAAAGGUCCUAGAAGAACUGGAUUUGGAGAUGGAAGAUUCAACCAGCGAAAACUCAAGUUUCAUUUCGAUCGAGUUUCCUUUGAGGAAUAAUGAUUCUUCAGAGCAGCAAAUGUUAUCGAUUGUUGACACGGGCAAAGGGGAACUAGAUAUAGGGCAUCCUUUCGCAGUGAAAGAUCCAGUGAGAAAUAUCGUGUAUAGCAUCUUUCCAAGAUCCUGGAAGGACGAAGCUGCGCGUCAACUUGCGUGCAAAGGAGAAGGAGAAAAUCUGACUCAGUCGUGCGUGGAAUUCUUAGAAAAUGAAAAGUGGUGUCCCAAACAAUCGCGAGUCUGCGUCCUGGAUUUAGGGAAAUCCAAUAGAACUCUGGACGAGUGUUCCAGCAACUCCAAUUGCUCCGCUGGUUACAGGUGUUGCUUUGACAGGUGCGAAAAUGCUACCUUGUGUAAACCGGAAAAACGAAUUCCAAUGAAACGGACGUCAGAUUCCUUCGACGAUGAGGCUUCAGCUCCUAGUACCGCUUCUCCUGUCACGGACACAAUUGUAGAUACAGCUGCACCAAUAACAUUCCAGUUUGCGAAUGAGAGCACGAAGUUUGUCUUAUUCCCAGAGAACUGGAAUGAUGAUGAACAGUGCCAGAAGAAAUGCCAAGCAAAUAAUGGGACUCUGGAAUGCUGCCUCCAGGAUAUAAAGGAACGCCAGAAGCUCUGCCCGACGUCGUCUGAAAGGCUGUGCGUCCUCUAUUUAGGAGAAGACGAGAUUGACAGGUGUGAGAACGACGAGAAUUGUCCCGAAGGUCGGAAGUGCUGCUACGACAGGUGUCACGACGAUACAGUUUGCAAGAGAGUUAGGAGGAAGAAGGAUUACUGAAGGACCUGACUUUUAAGAUACCUAACCUGUUUAGUAGGAUUCUGUAAUAGAUUCACGUGGCGCGUACCCUGAGGUACUUGAUGGCAAUGGAAUGUCCUGGCUUAAUGCCAUUUCAGUUUUUUUGAGACUUGUAACCUUAGCAACUGCAUUUUGUUGUUGCUAAUUUGUUGUUAAAAUGAGAAUAAAACACAAGUACAGCAAA